AACCAAAGAGAUUGGUACCGCACUGACACGGGUAUGCUUGCGCCACAAGGCAGUCGAGACGCGGAUGAAAACCUUCACCGCUGCCAUCAUGGACUGUCUGAUUGUGCCGUUGCAGGAGAAACUGGAAGACUGGAAGAAACAGGUAGCCAUUAUAGAUAAAGACCAUGCCAAAGAAUACAAACGCUGCCGGGCGGAGUUGAAAAAGCGCUCCAGCGAUACGCUGCGAUUACAGAAGAAAGCCAAGAAGGGUCAAACCGAUAAUUUGCACAUUCUGGUGGAGUCUUCCAUGCAGGACGUGACGUUGCGGCGAUGCGAGCUCGAGGAGGUUGAACGGAAAUCCCUCCGCUCCAUCAUGGUCGAAGAGCGGUCACGUUACUGCACCUUUGUAAAUAUGCUACAGCCUGUGGUACACGAAGAGUGUGAAGUGAUGUCGGAACUAAGUCACCUGCAAGAAGCAAUGCAAAUAAUUGCGGUAGUCACGAAAGAUCCCGCAGUUCUGCCUCAAGCAUCUGAGGAGUUAAUCCUAGAAUCGAAAACAAAUAUCAAUCUCUACCCGGACUCACCGGGUGGUUCCAAUUCCCAAGGAGCUUGCUCGAACUCAUUAGGAUCUCGUAAAAGUUCCGUAUGUUCGAUUAGUUCGAUGAAUAGUAGCAGUAGUGGCUCUCCAGGACAUCAAUUCCAAAGAUCGCUAUCUCAGUACUCUCCGGCGAUACGUUUGAAACCAGGUGAAUCUAGUGAUAGCGGAUUUUGUUCUUCGCCAGCUUUAACUUCGCAGGCGUCCACACUCGCUAGUCAAUCUCAUGCCGUUUCUACAUGGCCACCACAUACGCAAGAUGGUACGAGCUCCGCUGACCGGCCGCACACAAUAUCGUCAGCAUACGAGAAAGGUCACCAGCGGCCAGCAUUAACUGUCUAUACGUUCCAGAAUCCAGAAACGAUAUCGGAAAACCAAAAAUCUCCUGCUAACAUAUUGUGUCGGCCACCGCUUCCAGUUCGAUGUUCGUCACUCGAGAGGCCAUUAUCGACAUCUUCCAUAAAGAAUUCCAAUUCGAAUGUUCCACGACAGUGUCCUUCGCCGAUUCCUGCCCAUAUUACCAAAGAACACCCACAACUACAACCCACCUACGUCAAUAUGACGGAACUGGCAUCGAUGGCUGCCUCAAAGAAUACUAACAAUAAUAACCAAAACGCAACUAACCAGCCCCAAUCGUCGGCGCAAACUCCAAUGCAACCUCAACAAAUGGGGUAUCAACCGCUUCAGCAGCCAAAUUCGCCGGUGUUAUCGUCGGCAUCGUCGCUCAUAUCACCAGAUUCGAGUGCCACCAACGCAAUCAGUUCACCAGAUGUAUCCGCCUGUAGCACUCAGACACCUCAAAAUACGCCUCAGGCUGGUUCACCACAGACGCCUAUCUACAGUAGUAGCUCGGUGAUUGUUCCUACAACCAGUGAUAAUAUUGUUGGUGAAAAUGGUGGUGGUAUGAACACAGCUAACGGUGACGGAAGUGGGCCUCCUUUGACUAUCAUCGAUGGAAUCGCUAGUCCAGAAAGCGUGGCUGUCGCCGGAAAUGAAAAUAAAGAUAUCCUUAAAUGUACCGGUUCAGUUUUAGAGAAAACGUCGAUGUUCGAGCAACAGAUUAACAAUAACCAACUUGCACCCUCACGAAGCGAAGCCAUCUACGGUAGGAAGGGUGAAGAUAUUUACAAAACUACGGGUCUUCUGUCGGAACGAGAUGCAGAUCGGAUCGACAAAGAGACAAUAGAGGAGCUAAAUAAUCUAAUUGGUGAACUAGACCUAUUCCAAAAAGAGCACGAGCUACGGCUGGAAGAACACUUCCAGCAACCGCCGUCCAUGCCCCCACAUGAGAAUGGUAUCAAUCAUUCCAACAACAAUGGAAAUCUGUCAUCAAAUAACAGUGACUCGGCUGGUAGUGAUCGAAACGACAAAAUUUCCAUCUCCAGCUCGAUGAAUAUCGAAGCGAUUAAUAUGUCACUAAAUAGCACCAACCUAGGUAGUGAGUUUCCAUUCAACUACAGUGAUAGUGAUAUGAAUAAGCUCAAUACGGAACAGCAGGGUUGCGACUCUGUGGACUACUCGAAUACAGGAUUUGAAAAUCCUUCUUUUAUGCACUUGAACGAUUCAGAAAUCGUGGUAAUGCGGCAGAACGAGUUUGGAAGAAUUGAUCCUGAGAAUUAUUACAGCCAAAAUAUGAGCGAAGUAGUUGUCUUGAGAUGCAAGGAUGUUGCCAAACCCGACUCGAACCGAAUGGAUGAUACCGCAAGUGUAGAUAGCCAGCAGCGGCUGAGUUCGUUCAAGUUAAAUUCCAGAUCUGCGUCGCCAGCACUAUCUUCGUUUGCAGUGUCGCGAUCACCAACGCCGUCGCUGUCGGUGCCACCAUCAAGUGCUACAACUCCCACGAUGGCGUCACCGCAGCAUAAUAUUGCUAUCAGCAUCUAUAACAAUAACAACAACAGCAAUCAUGUGAUAAACAUCCAUCACCAUACCCAGCAGCAUCAGCAGCAGCACUCCACCAAUGGUAAUGAGAAAUGCUCGUUGAUCUCAAUGCCUUCUGAUGAGCGCAUUAAUAGAAUUAAGCCAGCAAUCACGCCACGACCUGCAUCGUUAUCUGGACCCAACCGUGUUGCCAGACGGUCGUCUGUAAAUACCGUGAAACCACCACCGCCGGUGAGAAGAAGUUCUAGUGUAACACCCAGUCCUAACCUUGGAGCAGCUUCACCAAAUCUGGCACAGCAAAGUCUCGCAUAUACGUCAUCGGAAAGCUUACCACCUCCUCCUGCAUAUCUUCUUGACAGCACAACUGGAAAUUCACUUAUUCCAGGAAACGUAGCGGGUACGGUUAAAGCACUGAACGAAAUCAGGCACAAACCGGCAAGUCCCAGUGUUCUUCGACGCGCUCAACAGAACCUGCCAACCCAACAGCCGUCUCCUUCGUACUCUACAAAUGCAUACAACAGCACGCCAACACACGAUCACACUAGCACUACUUCUAUGCAUUACCCAUCACAAUCUCCGCCAAAUUAUUUUCCCUCCAGCAGUGAUAAUCCUAGUAUGUCAUCCAACCGAAAUUCGAAAUCAUCGCCGCAUCAACAAGGGAUUUACGCACAACCGAAACAAAUAACAAGUAUGUCGAGCUUCCGAACUGCAACUCCAGGGCCGCAAAAGCAGAGCACUGGAUUUCUGGCGCAAUUGAACGCUAGAAUUGCACCAAACAAACCCCAGCCACCAGCAUCUCCACAGCACUAUCAGCAGCAACAAUCCUUCACGUAUACAACAGCCCCAUCAAGUGAAUCGACUUAUCAUAGAAGUAGCCCGGCGGAUCAACGGUCAUCAUAUAGCACUAGCAAUCAACAACAGCAGCAAUCAUCAAUUCAUCAUGGAAUCUAUUCAUCUUCCCAGCAAGCAUCCACUCACCAGCAACAGCAACAGUCACACUAUUAUCAGCAACAGCAGCAGCAAGCAGUCAGUCAAAGAGACGAUCGUAGCAAUAGUGCCAGUAAUGCAAACACCAACAACGUCCUCGCCAAAACUAGCGCAGGUUUUUUGGAAAACCUAAACGCCAGGCUAGCAGAGCAAAGACUGUCCGGGAAGGCAUUUGCCGUACGGAAUCUCAUCAACAGUAAGGCACUGCCGGACCCACGGAUAUGUCACGAAUCGUUAAUGGAUCAAAUCAAGCGUGGUGCAACGCUGAAACGCAAUCGAACGAUUAACGACCGAAGUGCACCGAAAAUCCACUAAAUCAGAGCACAACACCAUCGACAGAUCAAAUCAAGCCAAAUUCAACUUUUUCGAGAAUAAAGAAAGAAGAAAUCCUGUGUGCUCAUCAAAUCAGUGCCACAGAUUUACGCUCGCAGAUUGAUAUGUCCCUAGCAAUCUGUUUCAGUUAACAGGCACUGUCUUUAUAACAACACAUUUUUCGUCCAACGGAACAAGAGAAAUCAGCGGGAUUUUAAUUUCAAUUUACAGUUAUAUUAUUUGUUGAUUUAUUUUCGCUAGUCGAAGGAAAGAGUAUCGUCGUAAUAAAAUUGAACGGGGAUGGGUGAAGUCUUUAAAGAACUGAUUGUAAUCAAAAUAUUUUUAUUAAAAUCCAACAAAAUAGUAACCAUGAAUAAAUAAAAGUUGAUUAUACAUAUUAGAAGUGUUAUCUAAUAACUAACGUGUAUUUAGUAUUGGUUCAAUCAUUGCUGUAUUAGUUAGAUUGCUGAAUAUCACUACAGACGAUUAGUAAAGAAGUGGCAGAUUUAACAAUAAGUGAGGUUACUGCACUUGGAAGCGAUUAUACCGCAACGAGUAAUAUUUGAAAAGCUUUCAUUCAAGUUAAGUACGUAUUUGAAAAGCACGCUUUCGUUUUAUUCUUCAUUGUGUCUUCAAACGAGCACAAAUUUUACAGUAACAAUAUAUACUCACGAAAUUUAUACCAAAGGAACGAUUUUUCAUUUACAUUUCAAAACUUUUAAACAAAUAUCAAGUUUUAACCUACAUAUACAGAACUGAAUACUGUGUAAAAAAGUAUACAAUAGAAACAAAAUAUCAUUUUCUUCUAAAAAAAUGAAAACUUAAAGCACUGACAUUGAAGUCUCCUUUAGGAGCAAUUCAAAAUUCCAUGAAUAAUAAAGCAACAACUAUAUCAAUUAUCAACAGUUGUACUGAAAAAAAGCUUGUGUACUCUACAUAUUAAUGAAUAAACCAUACUUUAUUGGAAGCUAACUAUAUUGGACAUCGACUAAUAGGAAAAUCAAGAGGAAAUACAGUAAAUGUCGUCCAUUAACAUUUUAGAGAUUGACAAAUGUUUGCGUUGAUGAUAAUAUUAAGCUCAAUGGAAGUGAGGGAGAUGUCUACAAACAAUUCCUGGCUUUAAGUAUUGAAGUAAAGAAGGAAUAUAAAGGCUGAUUUUAGUAACAUCCUAGGAUCCAAGCAUAAGGGUAUUGAUAAAAGCAUAUCCUUAGUUCACAAACACACGCGUCAUCGCAAGAGCAACAGAUUUAUCGAAACGUUACUACUAACGUAUCGGUCUUCCACCAAAGAUGAAACAGCAUCAAACGUGAAUGGAUACAACAUCAUCUAGGUUAUUAUUCCUAGCAGAAUAUGUAAAUUGCGUUUCCUUCGCGGUACCAGUUAACGAAUCGGAAGAGGCUAAAUUGUAGUUUUGUUUUUUUUUUGCGACCAGAGUAAUAUUUUUCUGUACCGAUUAUUUAUUUAUAGAUUGAUAUUUAUUUGUCAGAUAUAGACAGCAUUUUGGAGUGUUUCCGUUUGGAUUUGAAUCUCGAAUAGCCGCCUGGAAUUAAAUUUUCUUCGCUUUUUACUUUGUAAUUUACUACGCCAAUCUUGUAUAUAUACGUGUAAUAUUUUUGAAAAUCGAUUAGUUCGUAGGUUAAAUUAUUCGUAACACUGAGAAGUUAUCGUUAACAUCACUUCGAAUCAAUCGAUCGGUAAAUAUUUAUGUCCACAAAAGCAAAGCAAACACAAAUUGUAAACAACAAAAAGAAACAAUAAUUACUGAUAGGUAAGCCGAAACAAACUAGUUACAGUCCGUAUGAAACAACAAAAGUAGCACGAUGACAGCAAAUAUAACGGGAAUCAUAUAUUUUUAUACGAGUCAAGCAUUAGAAUCAUGAGUUUUCGAAUAAUAAAGACAAAAAAAUGAAAUGUACCGGAUAACUGUAAAAUUAUGUAAUGUUUAAUUUCAAUCUCUACAUUAUAAUAACGUCAUGAACAUAUAUCGCUGUAAUCCACAAAAUAUGGAAUAAAAACGAGUAACUGUAA